CGCCGCCAUUACUGACACGCUGUCAUCUGCGACCUCAACAAAGGUCAAUGGUCGCAUGCGUUAAAUUUAGUUUUUAAUACCGUGCUUGUAAAUACAGCCACAUCAAAAAUGCCGAUGCCGGGUGGAGUAUACCAACAGCAAGGCCCAUCAUGCUUCGACAAGAUGAAGAUGGGCUUCAUACUCGGUUUCUGCGUAGGCAUGGCGAGCGGCGCGCUAUUCGGCGGCUUCUCAGCGCUCAGGGGUGGAAUUCGCGGGCGUGAAUUAGUAAACACCGUUGGCAAAGUGAUGAUACAAGGCGGCGGAUCUUUCGGCACAUUCUUAGCGAUCGGCUCCGGAUUGCGGUGUUAAAAUUCUCACACAGCCACAGAAAAACUUAUACAUACGUAAUAAUUUCUUAGCAGCAACGCUAUUAGUUGCCGGGGACAGUUGUAAUGUGAUUUAACGCAUAUAAUAUUACGCUGUUAUGUAAAAAACGCAAAAAAAUUGCAAAUAAAGUGAUAAAUUUACCUUC